CAUCUUCAUUAAUUAAUCUAAAGAAUCAGAAGAUGACCAGAGCAUGUGAAAGGCAACCAUCUUUUUAUAGGAAGCAAACAAGAUCACCACCAUUUUAGUAUAUGCUUUAAAGUUUUAAAGAUCGUCACCAUCGCCGCCACCGCAUCACCACCGUGGACCACCACUAUCCCUUUCCACCAUUAACAACUCACACCAAUCUCCCUCCACAUUCCCUCUCCUUCAAGAUAAAAUCUAGGGUUCUUGAAUACCCAAUUCAAUUUCUGCAAAAUUGAACCACAAGCUACUAAUUCAUCACUUGAUUCUUUGUUUUUUGACCCACCCACAACCCGAACCUAAUUCUUAACGUUCGUCGGAAAUGCCAUUUCCCCAAAUUUGAAUCCAAGUCAAAAAUGGUUACACAGAGUAGCAGUGUAGUAGCAGUAAUCGACAGUUGUUCCGGUAUUUGAAUCAAUGAGAGGUUUAUUUCAACAAUGUUGCUACUUCACCGCCAGUUUUCUCUUGCUAAUUGCAUUCAUGUCGCCGGCGGCUGUCGAUCAGGUGGCUGCAGCGGCGUCGGAGAAGGUGAUCCUGCUUCAGUUCAAAGGUAACAUAACAAACGAUCCUUACAAUAGUUUGAUUUCAUGGGAUUCUAGUACAGAUCAAUGUAGAGAUUAUAGCGGUGUGUUUUGUGAUUCUUUUGGGAAUGUAUAUAAGAUUGUGUUAUGGAACACUAGCUUGGUCGGUGUGUUGUCGCCCGCAUUAUCGGAGUUGAAAUCGUUAAGGAUUCUCACCCUCUUCGGAAACGGAUUCACCGGAAUCAUACCACCGGAGUUUCAAGAGCUCACCACUUUAUGGAAGAUCAAUGUCAGCUCCAACGCUUUAUCUGGUUCAAUCCCUGAAUUUUUAGGGGACUUGCCUAACAUUCGGUUUCUCGAUUUGUCCAAGAAUGGCUUCCAAGGAGAGAUUCCAUCGUCUUUGUUUAAACUCUGUGAAAAAACAAAGUUCAUUUCACUCUCCCAUAACAAUCUCUCCGGUACAAUUCCGAUCAUCAUCAACAACUGCUUGAAUCUCGAAGGAUUCGAUGUAUCAUUCAACAGCUUGACUGGCGAAUUCCCUUCACAAAUUUGUGAAAUCCCACCUCUAGCUUACUUGUCUGUAAGAAACAACAUGUUGACUGGAAGAAUUGAAGAUCAAGUCUCAAAUUGUCAAACGUUAGAACUUCUAGAUCUUGGCAGUAAUCUUUUCACCGGGAAUGCCCCUUUCAGUGCUCUAGAAUUCGCAAAUCUGAGUUACUUCAAUGUUUCAAAUAACGAAUUCGAAGGACAGAUUCAACCGAUACAAACUUGUAGUGAAAAACUAGAAGUUUUUGAUGUUGCUGGAAAUGGUUUUCAAGGGGAGAUCCCUAUGAGCAUUGUUUCACAAUGCAGUGGGUUGAAGGUUUUAAACAUGGCGUACAACAGAUUAAACGGUCAAAUCCCGGUGGAGAUUUCAAAUCUAAAAAGAAUUUCAGUCAUCAAAUUGGGGAAUAAUUCAAUAACUGGUGAAAUCCCAGAAGAAUUCGGCUCCAUUGAACUUCUACAAGUUCUCGAUCUUCAUAACCUCGAUCUCAACGGCGGAAUCCCGGAUUCCUUGAGCAGUUGCAGGUUUCUUCUAGAACUAGACGUUUCAGGAAAUUCUUUACAGGGACGACUCCCGGAAUCAUUUUACAACAUGUCCAACCUUAGAAUCCUCGAUCUUCACAAAAACGAUCUCAACGGAUCCAUACCUUCAACCCUAGGAAACCUCUCCAAAAUCCAGACAUUAGAUCUAUCCCAAAAUUCAUUAUCCGGGUCAAUUCCCUCUACUUUAUCAAAUCUAUCAAACUUGAGUCACUUCAACGUCUCCUACAACAACCUAUCGGGUCAAAUCCCUGCAUUUUCACUCCAAAAUUUCAAUUCCUCAGUGUUUUCAAACAAUCCAGGGCUCUGUGGGCCCCCAUUGGAUCAAUCUUGUACAAGAGAUUCAAAAAAUUCUGAAUCAAAAAGACCAAAACUAAGCGUUUCCACCAUUGUUGCCAUUGUUGCUGCUUCCUUGAUCUUGAUCGGAGUUAUUAUAAUAAUCAUCUUGAACAUGAAAGCCCGAAGAAGAAGAGGAAGAGAAGAUGAAACAAUGAUCAUAGAAAGCACACCAUUAGCUUCAUCAGAUUCCAAUUUAAUAAUCGGAAAAUUAGUUCUAUUCAGCAAAACUUUACCAUCAAAAUAUGAAGAUUGGGAAGCAGGAACCAAAGCUUUACUCGAUAAAAACUGCUUAAUCGGUUCCGGAACAAUCGGAACCGUUUAUCGAGCCGAUUUCGACGGUGGGAUUUCAAUCGCGGUAAAAAAGAUCAAAUCUUUAGGAAGAAUCAAGAGCCAAGAUGAAUUUGAACAAGAAAUCGGACGGCUAGGAUCGCUUCGACACCCAAAUCUCGUGUCUUUCCAAGGAUACUAUUGGUCAUCCACCAUGCAAUUAAUCUUAUCCGAUUUCGCCCCAAACGGGAACCUCUACGACAACCUCCACGGAAUCGGAAUCAGUGAUUCCGGGACCAGCUCCGGAAUCGGAAACCCGGAAUUGAAUUGGCCACGGAGGUUUAACAUCGCGUUAGGAGUAGCAAGGGCGUUGUCGUACAUUCACCACGACUGUAAACCUCAAAUCCUUCACCUCAAUUUAAAAUCCCACAACAUUUUGUUAGAUCAAAAUUACGACCCGAAACUUGCGGAUUACGGGUUAGUCAAGUUUUUACCGUUGCUCGAUAAUUACGGUUUGACCGGGUUUCACAAUGUGGUGGGGUAUGUGGCGCCGGAAUUGGCUCAAAGUAUGAGAUUGAGUGAUAAAUGUGAUGUUUAUAGUUUUGGUGUGAUUUUGUUGGAGGUGGUGACAGGGCGGAAACCGGUGGAGGGGGUGGGGGGGAAUGAGGUGGUGGUUUUGUGUGAAUAUGUGAGGGGAUUGAUUGAAAGGGGGAGAGCUUCGGAUUGUUUUGAUAGGAGUUUGAAUGGGUUUGUGGAGAAUGAGUUGAUUCAAGUGAUGAAAUUGGGAUUGAUGUGUACGUCGGAAUCGGCAUUGAGGAGACCGAGUAUGGCGGAGGUUGUUCAGGUUCUCGAGAGUGUAAGGUCGGAAUCGGAGGGAUAGGAGUGGAAUUAGAAUUUUGAAGAUGGAAUAUUUUUAGUUUGUGAUUAAGAUUAUUGAUUGUUUGUUGUAAUUUGGGUUCA